CAGAAAAUACAGGUUUUCCUGGUUUUACUAAUAAGACUGUCCCAAGUGUUUCUCUUCUCUGGACGUUUCGAACGAGGAAGGAAGGUAGCUGGUGUGGCGGGUUAAAGGCCUCAAGCUCUCCCCACAUCUCAUUCUCCUCUCAAUUAGGGCUUUUACCUUAGGAAGGCGUUCGAUCUUGAAUUAGUCUUACUGGGGUUUUUGUUGAUUUUGAACUCCCAUUUCUUGCAUCGAGCUUGAGCUUCAAUGGUGCGUUCUAAUGGUGCUAGACUUGCCUACUGGUUCGCCAGACGCUCCCUCGGCUCGAAACUCGUUGACGAUUCUGCAAUCAUCUUAAAUGAUUCUUUGCGCCGAGGGAGCUCGCGGGGAUUUGUUUCAGGAAUCUGCAAUUCAUUUCGGGUGUUGGGAUAUCGGAAUUCAGAAAUUGUCAAGCAUAGACAUGGGGUGUGGUGUGGAAUUUUACACGACAGUUUGGUUGCGAAGAGAUUGUUUCAUGGGACGGGGUCAACGUACAUGGCUGCCAGAGACUAUUAUGACAUACUUGGAGUGAGCAAGAAUGCGAGUGCAUCAGACAUAAAGAAAGCUUAUUAUGCACUAGCAAAGAAGUUACAUCCAGACACAAAUAAAGAUGCUGAUGCAGAGAGCAAGUUCCAAGAAGUUCAGAAGGCCUAUGAGGUUUUAAAAGAUGAAGAAAAGCGACAACGUUAUGACCAGGUUGGUCAUGAUUCAUUUGAGGAAGCUGCUGCAGGAGGUGGUUAUGGUGGUCCAUAUGGAGGUGCUGGAUUUGGUAGCCCUUUUGAGGACAUCUUUGGUAGUGGCGCUGGUGGAUUCAAUGAUUUCUUUAAGAAUUUCUCUCAGCGUGGUUUCGGUGGCCAGGAUGUCAAGGUUUCACUUGAAUUGUCAUUCAUGGAAGCUGUUCAGGGUUGCACCAAAACUGUGAUAUUUCAGGCUGCUGUACCUUGUGAUGCUUGUGGUGGUACUGGUGUUCCUCCUGGAACCAGGCCUGAAACUUGUAAAUCAUGUAAAGGCUCUGGAGUGAUAUUCAUGCAGAAAGGCCCAUUUAGGUUGCAGUCCACCUGUAUGCAAUGUGGUGGAACAGGGAAAACUGUUACGAGCUUUUGCAGAUCAUGUAAAGGAGAACGUGUUGUGAGGGGAUCAAAAUCAGUCAAGCUGGAUAUUAAGCCAGGAAUGGAUGAUAAUGAAACAAUAAAGGUGUAUAGAAGUGGCGGAGCAGAUCCUGAUGGCAAUCAGCCGGGUGAUCUUUAUGUUACCAUCAAAGUCCAACAAGACCCUAUUUUUCGGAGAGAAGGCUCUGAUAUCCAUGUUGAUGGUGUUUUGAGUGUUACUCAGGCCAUUCUUGGAGGAACCAUCCAAGUCCCAACUCUUACAGGAGAUGUUGUUCUUAAGGUCCGUCCAGGCACCCAACCCGGACAGGCAGUUGUUCUGAAGGGAAAAGGAAUUAAAAGCAGGAUUUCUGCAUCAUUUGGAGAUCAAUAUGUGCACUUCAAUGUCAAAAUUCCAACGAAUUUGACUCAAAGACAGCGUAUGCUAAUUGAAGAGUUUGCCAAGGAGGAGCGAGGAGAAUAUGACAAGGGUGCUACUGCUGCUGGAGCAUCUGGCUGAGUACUGUGUCCUGACUGCAUGGCAUAUUUAGCUCAUUCCAUUAAAAAUUGGUUACUGACACUGACUGGAAUUUUGUAGGAGAAAUUUAGGUUUAGUUUUCUUGAUCUUUUUUCCUCAUUUCUCUUUUGGAUGUUUUUGUACUAUUUGUAAUUUUUUUCAGGUCCUAAAAUCACAAUUAAGUUAUUGAGGCCACAUAUCGGUAGUUCUGCAUUGAGAAGGAGCUAAUAAUUGUAUAUAAUAAUGACAUUAUUUUUUAUAAAAGGAAUGAAGAGGUCCAGAGUGAUUGCAUGCUCGCA